UGAAGACAUGGAAGAAAGGGAACCAAUCCUAGCUGUCCUCUCCCCAACUAAAAGGAGUUGCAUGUGACCACUUUGAGCACAUUAGAGUUUCCAGGAAUUCAACUUAGUAUUCAGAGAAAGUAGACGCCCAGCUGAAGAGAAGUGAACUGCAUGGACAGGUCAUACUACGUGGUGAAAAGAGCUUUCCACCAAUCAUGAGUGACCAUUAUAUGUUGCAUGAUGGAAUCUUAUUUCCAAAAAUGGUACAUGAUGACAUAAGCCUGAAUUAUGCAACCAAUGAAUUUCAAGUCAGAGAUGAUGACGUCUUCAAUGUUACUUAUCCCAAGUGUGGAACUGUGUGGAUGCAAGAAAUUUUGACACUUAUUAAGAGCAAUGGAGACACAGAAGCCUUUCUGACUAUACCAAACUGGGACCGGGUACCCUGGAUAGAGCAAAUGACUGCGAAGCAGCUUCUGGAAAACCAGCCAUCCCCUCGCCUCAUAACUACACACCUUCCUGCUCACCUUGCUCCCAAAUCACUCUACAAUUCCAAGGCAAAGGUUAUCUAUACGACCAGAAAUCCCAGGGAUGCUUGUAUCUCUCUCUACCACUUUUGUACCAGUAUAUCAUUUCUGGAGACACCAAAGAACCUUGAUGAUUUUGUGCAAAAGUUUCUCAAAGGGGAAGUUAUGUUUGGUUCCUGGUUUGACCACCUCAAGGGCUGGCUUGGUGUUAAACACAAAGUUGAAAUAAUGUUCCAGACAUAUGAAGAUUUGUUAAAGGAUCCCCGAGGUUCAGUGAUUAAGAUAUGCAAAUUUCUGGAGAAGGACUUGGAUGAAAAAGCAAUUGAUUCUGUUGUAGCACAUUCCAGCUUUAAAUCAAUGAAGGAGAACAAAAUGUCAAAUUGGAGCCUGGUCCCCCCAGAAAUGAUGGACCGCAAAACUCCUUUCAUGAGAAAAGGGCAGUCUGGUGACUGGAAGAACCACUUCACCAAAGAACAUAUUGAUCUCUUUGAUGCUACCUACAAAGAGAAGAUGAAAGGAAUGGAUGUAAAAUUCAGUUGGGAUUCCUUGUGAAUGUACAUAUCCAAGCAACAGAAAAAAAUGUACCUGUUUUAUGGAGAAAAAUACACUACACACCAACGGACUUACACCACUUGAAACCAUUUCCCAAAUUCAUUAUAAUAAAGGAAGACUGUUGUAGGAAUAUCUUAAAUUUAUUAAAACAUUUAACAAUGCCUUUUCAGAGGUAGCUUUGAAGGAAGUAUUACUAUUGUCAUAACGGUCAGACUGCAUUGUUAUUACAUAUAGCAGUACGCAUUACAACAUAUGGUUAUACACAAAUAUAAGGUGAAAUCAUGCGUUGAGUUUCUUCUGUGCUACUGAAAUAUAAAGUAUGACGCAAUGAGAAAUAGUUCAAUAGAGCUGCAGUAAAACCAACUGACCAUUAGAGGGUAUUAUAGCUCCAAUAAAAAAGAUCUGGAGCCUGGGAGGACAAUGUAAAAAAAAAAAAACAAGAAUAAAAAUGUGCCUUAAGUGAAAACAUAAAGCUGCAAGAUAGAUGAAAUGUAGGUGAUUCAUAUCUUCAUCCGCAAGCCUACAGCUGUUACAUGGCAAGCAGUAGGCCAUACAUUCUCUGUCUCCAGUGUUGUAUCUGUGUGUAAUGUACAGAUUUCUACUGGUAAACUUUCAGAAUUUUAGCUCAUCCAGCAGUGAAGAGCAGGUUCACACUGAGCUUUGAACAGUUCUAAGCUUUAAAAAUAAAAUUAUAGUCACAAGCAGAGAACUUUAAUCAGUUUUCUUGCUAUUAACUAAUAGUAUAUGUGUCUACAUCUGUUACCAUAGAUUUGGGUCUGAUGAAUUUUGCUUUAUAAGCUACUUCAGAGGGGAAGGAAGAAGAAAGAUAAACAUGCGUCAUCUAAAAGUGCAUGUUUAAUUUUGUAACAUGAGUAAGAGAAAUAAGGACUGGAAUCACGUUCUUUCUCCUUAACUUCAAUACCUUUGCCUCCAUAUAACAUUGUUACAGCGUUAAGUGAGAGCAGAGAUUAUCACUACGAAAAUAACACCAGUACCUCAUUUUUGUAUUUCAAUAUAUGACCUUUUAGUUUCAAAAGCAAAGUAAAUGAAUAAAAUACUUUUGUGUCAGUGUGUUAAUUUAAACACUAUAGGAGGUGUGUUACAUACAACUGGAUCACUCUACAUUUAUAUGCAUGUAGCUAGUAAUGCUGAGUAAAUCCUGCACUACCCAACCAUGCCAGUACAUUUAUUCAGAAUUUUAGAUUCUUCCAAAAAAAUCAGCAGAAUAGUUUUGUAAGUGUAAAUAUUUAUUUUCUCAAGUCUCUGUUCUAUAGAUGGUGGUAUAGGUGUUGCAAUGCUGUUGUAUACAGUAUGUCUUCAAUUACAUAUCUUAGAAAUA